AUGCGGCGAUCGAUUGUAGUCGUGUACAAGCAGGCACGGACCCGAGUGGUGUGGUACGACGGCACGUCCGAUGCGAUGGUCGAGAAGGCGGUAUGCAUGCAGCUUGGCCUUCCACCAACGUCGUCGUUGCUUCUAAAGGAUAUGGAUGGGGAACUCGUGCCGAUAGCAGCGUGUCUCCCACCCAACGACUACGUCGUCGUGCGGUUUGGCGACGUCGGUGGGAACCAAAUACCUUCCAGCAUCACCCUGACGACAGAUGAAACACCUUCUUUGUCCAAUGUACUGUUGCCCACUCCAACACCUGAAGCGAUGCAGGAGCGUGUUGGCCCACUGGGCAAGAUGCUGCCUCGCAUGAAACGCGCCGCAAUACCCAUGGCCUCCAAGGCGAUGAAGAAGACCGCACCCACCGUUCUCAUGAAGCUAUUCCUGGAAGCAUUCACCGUCCCCCUCGCUCCCGACGACGUGAUCCAUUUCAUACCAAAUCAUGGCGAUUUUGGCAUUGACAAGCUGUACGCGGCACUCGUCCCGGCCAUGUUCUUGCCCCAAGACACGACAACGUUCUACAAACUCGCGUCGUCGUCCAUCGUGCUCGAUCGGCAACGAGUGAUUCGAUACUAUCGCGUUGGCGAUGAAUACACACAACUCGCGGCCAUGGGCAAAGGGCCUCUCCUUCGCGCGUACGUCGAUCCGUCGAAGCUUGCAUUACCUCCGCACAACGACCUCGUCGCUCUGUUCGCUUUGGCUUUGGACAUGCCCGACGCCACGGACUCGAUUGCGCGGCAGUACGCGGCCUUUGUGCACGGAUUCACACCGAUCUCCCGAAUGGAAUUUAUUUCUGGCAGCGCGUGAUGUCGUACUAUACUGAACUCGUGCCGCGCUGGUCUCGUUUAUGAUAAUGGCA